AUGGUGCUGAACUCGGGGUGGACGAGGCGGGCCACAGAUGAGGUGUCGUCGACCGACGUGGAGUAUUGUAAGGGAAGGGGGAAGUGGUACUCGAUGGCGAAGAUGGAGGCAAAUAGGGUUGUGUGGGUGUUCAAUAGCGUGGAAGUUAUGGUGGUUCUCCCGACAACGUGUUUAGGGUUGUUGUUGCAACUAGAGCUCAACACGAGCUUCGUUUUGCUACAGGAGCAAAUGAUGGGAUCGAGGGAGACACAAGAGUAUCACUGGUUGGGUGCAAUGCAUGUGAAGGAGAUUGUUAAAGCUUAUGUUUUGUUAUAUGAAACCCCCGUUGUUGCUAGUAGAUAUCUCUGCACCAAUGACAUCUAG